AUGUGGGGAGGCGGCGAGAAAGCGGACAAUUUUGACGCAAAAACCCCCGCGGGGUCGUGCAAGGACGGCUUCACGACAGUCUGCGAGGUCCAACCCGACCGUCUCUGCCCCCUGGACGACAAGCCCGAGCUAAAGCGACACCUGAAGACGGUUCGCGCCUUCAUCUGCUGCUCCGGCUUCGUCAGUCAUCCUCUCAUCAUAUUGCUGGUUCACCAGUAGUGCAAUUUCGUCCGUAACGGAGGUUCGCUUCGUGUCGUACGCUUUGAUACUUCGUUCAAGUUGCCAAAAGUUGCUUUUCGUUUGCCGCCGUAAGGUUUGUUUGCAAAGGCUGCGGGAGUCUGCUUGGCAUACCUUUUGCCUUCGGGUGUCACCCUACAUGACUUUGUCAUUUUCUUGCGCGAGUCGUACAACUCCUUGUCCUGAUCUAACCCUUCACAACGCGGGUUUUUAUUCCUUCACUUUCGUGUCCCACCGACCACCGAUUUGUGCUACAAUAUGUAUGUUACCUUCAAUACUUUUCCUACUAAACAGCAAGUCGCGGACAGGAGUUGUUGUGCUGCGAGUUGUGCAAUUUCCUUUGUCUGCCAGCGUCCGGUACAUCCGCUUCGUGUCAUUCUCUUUCUUUCGUACUUCGUUCAAGUUGCCAACAGUUGCUUUUCGUUUGCCGCCGUGAGAUUUGUUUGCAAAGGUUGCGGGAGUCUGC